UGCGGAUGCGGGGGGAUGUUUCUAAACGUCCCCCUGCAUCCAUUGCCUGUGCGCGCUCCCUGGGAACACCGAUUCUGUGCGCGCUCCCUGGGAGCGCGCAGCACCGCGAUCCGGUGCCUGCUGUGUCCUCCGGACACAGUGAAACACCGAUCGUCGGACAUGUGAUCACUGAUUGGCGAAUCAGUGAUCACAUGCAAAGUAGUAAGCAAGAUGUCACUUGUGACAUCAUUGCUUACUACGUGUGAAAUCUGUGAAUGAUCACAGAGGUCACAUGGUACAAGGCUAU